GAUAGUUACAUCGUCCAAAUAUGCUCUCCAACCGAACGCAUUUGUCUUUCUUGUACCAUCGCCUGAUAUAACUUAGCAAGCGCUCCUAAAAUAUUUCUUGGAUGAUAACUCACCUACCCUACCGCCUCCUUGCAAUCAACUCCGCAAUCUCCAUCGCCUUGAAGGUAUGCGGACUUCCUUCCCCACCCUGGUACAUUAUGCGAGACUUGGUGCCCGUAACUGCGACCGUAACUUUCUGGCCGGCGGAGUUCAUUCCAGCGUUUGGGCUGGUGUAUGUGAUUUGGCCAUUGUUGGUGUAUGUGAUUUGGCCAUUGCUACGUUUGACGAGAUCCCACUCUCCUGGCAUGAUGAUCGAUGUUUAAUGGAGGAGAGUGCUGUAAAUGAUGGGGCGUCUGUGAUGGAAAGUGAUGUCGAUUAUGCCCGC